AUUCUAUUCUGUGAUAUUAUUAUUUAUUUUAUUUUAUCAACAGACAACAGCUGUACCCUAUAGCUGUUGCGGAGAGCGGACGACAAAAACAAUAACAUUAUUGUCAUGAUCUUACGUUUUAUGGCAUAGAAGACUGCGGUUUAAAAGAAUUAUAUUAUAUAAGUUAUUAAAUCUCAUUACACGCUAAUUAAAAAUGAGUUCAGAAAAUACAUCCAAUAAUGAUCAAAAUAAUAAAACAACACCAAAUAAAUCUAUUCCCGGAGCUCGUCAAGAAAUGUUAAAUAAUAUAACUGCUGCAUCACCUCCAAGGUUCUUAUCAUUACCUGAAAUUAUGGUAGCUGCAAAAAAAUUGGAAGAUAUUGCUCUUGUUCACGAGAUAGCAGUUAAUAAAAAUUUCAAAUUGGAACCUCAAGAACCUCCAAAUAAUAGUUUAAUGAAACAAGUCAAAGACACUAUGCACAAAGCAUUUUGGGAGUUGUUGCGUGAACAAUUAAAUAAUGAUCCUCCUGAAUACACUCAAGCUAUGAUACUGUUAUCGGAAAUUCGAACAAGCUUAUCAAGUUUGUUGUUGGACCAGCAUACUAAGUUAAAAGAAGAAAUUUGUCAAGUUUUAGAUGUAGAACUUAUACAAAAUCAGAUAGACAAUAAUUGUUUGGAUUUUGAAUAUUAUACCAAAUUUAUAUUGAAUUUGAUGUCAAAAAUAUGUGCUCCAGUAAGAGAUGAUUCGAUACAUGCACUAACGCUAUUAAAUGAUCCUGUUGAUAUAUUUAAAGGAAUAAUAGAGAAUUUGAGCUUGAUGAAACUUGACAUGGCGAAUUUCACAAUAACUGCACAACGACGAGCAUUGAAUGCCUGUAGUGCUGAUUAUGAACGAGAGAAAUUUGAAGAGUAUUUAAAAGUUAAGCCAGAUGCCUUAAAUCUGACUGCCGAGUGGUUAAAACGCCAUGUUAAUUUUGAAAAGACUACAGAACCUUAUCAUGAUAUAAUUGUACGAGCUUAUAUGGAAAUAUUUGAUUGGGAUGAAAACGUUAUAUUCCCAGAGGCCUUAUCAUUGGAUAAAGAUCGAUUUUUGGAAACUAAUAAAAUGCUAAAUCUUUUGAUUCUCGCAGCAUCUACAUUUAUUGUGACAAUAUCAACAACUACAUCUAUUAUUCCUAAUAAUAUGGAAUUCAAAAAAAGUUUAAAAGAUCUUAUUUUAUUCUUGCUGAAAGAUAAUGAUUCCAAAAAAAAAAAUGUCUUGUCAAAUAUAGUAGAGCAUAUUGUUCUUUGCUGUAAUAAGCAUUUAUGUGUAGUAAAUCCAGAUGGACCACCUGUUUUACCAGAUAUGGUCAGUGCAAUUGAAACUCAAAUUUUGUUAAUUGAAAAUCCUGACAAUAAAAUAAGAAUUUUAGUUGAGAGGCGUUUUAAGGAGUUUAUUACUGCAGUCAUCAGUUCCGACAACGCAGUUCCCCAGCAAUGCCCACUUGGUUUGUCUGCAUUCAAAGAUGAAUUGGCAGCCGUUACUGGCAGUUUUUUGCAUCUAAUCACAUAUAAUAGAAAAGUAUUUUCUAAAUUUUAUGAUGAUAUAUUAAAAAAUCUUCUGAAUCAAUGUGAUUUGAUUUAAUUGUCUUUCAAAUUAAGUAUACUAAAAAUUAAUAAUAGCUUUUAUUUCAUCUAACGUUUGGACUAAUAUUUUUUUUUAUUAUUAUUGAUUUAUUUUUAUGGAACAUGAAUUAUGACCAAAUUAGAAUCUAAAACAGUAUGGAAUAACAUUUUGUUACUGUAGGUACAAUAUAUAAUAUAAUAUUUUAUUUUAAUAAAUUAUAUUGCUAAAAAAUAUUAUUUUAUAGUUUAAUACUUCAUUAUGUAUACAAAUCAUUGUUACUUAGCACGAUAUCUAAUAUCAUUUAUAUGCUAUAACUUAUACUAAUGAUUAUUAUAAAAUAUUGAACUAUUAAAUAGCUCCUAUUUUUAGUGAGCUAAAAUUUUUUAAAUUAUCUCUAUAAAAUAUGUUUAUAUAAAAUACAUACAUACACACUAGUUUGUUGUACUAUAAUUCUGCUGAAUUUAUUUUAUAUUCUUUGAAUGAACAUUUAUAGAUAAAUGGAACUAUACUCUGUACACUUAAUUCCUUAUUAUAUUAAUUUGAAUAAUUUAGGAGUAUACAAUUGUUAUUAAUUAUUGCACAUUUUAGUAAAAGUAUUGUAAUAAUAUAAUAAUUAUAAUAUUUUGUAUUAACCUUGACUGAUAUUUUCAAUAUUGUUCUAAAGCUUUAAAGCUCAAGUAUUGUUAUACUAAGUUAAUUUUAGUUAAUAGAUAUAAUACACAUUUUAUUUUAUACAUAAAUUAACACGUACUGAAUUUUAAAAUAUAUGAUUUAUUUCAUAA